CGUCAUAUUCGUGCGAUUAUUUACUCCUUGACGCAUAAUCUCUUGCGACAUCAUGGCUCUGUUUCCAGCUUUUUCUGAAGUAUCAGAGAAUAAAAUAGAAAAUUCGACUGAAGAAUUUGAUUGGCUGAAGAAUAAGAGUUUUCCAACUGGGGAUGCGCUCAACAUUCAAGCUCGUUUUCUAAAGAACAGCGAAGGGCUGAAUGAGAGGGAAGCAAGCGUUGGAAGGGAUGUUAGUUCCACUGAAGAGAAAGCGAGAGGAGAUCGAAAUGUUCCCCCUAAAACGAGGAAAAGUGAAAAGAAAAGGAAAAAGAAGAAAAAACACAAAAAGAGGAAUGGAGGGGAUUCUAGCAGCAGUGGAACGGACUCUGACACGAUAUACCCCAGUGACCUAAAAAAGAAAGAGGAGGAUAAUGGGCAACAUCCUGCUCCAUUAACAAGUCAAUUCUCCUGGUUGGAUGACCUUCAGUCAUCUACAAAGCAGAUGUUCUGUGUGGACUGUAAACCUGAUCCAGCCAACUGGACUUACAAGUCUCUGUACAGAGGCGAUGUAGCCAGGUAUAGGAGGAAAGGGACCUCCUCUUUGGGUCUGGAUUGCCGGAAGCAGGAGAUAAGCUGGGAGGACUCGAAGAAAAAAAGAAAGCAGAAAGGAGAUGGAGGAGCAGACAGAUAUUUUUCUACAGCAAGUCGGCAUCUGCUCAGGUCUGAACCAUCUGUUUCAGUGAAGCCUGCAACUCCUGACAGCAGUGAAGGAAACACCUCGACUUCCUUCCUCCCCCUGGAUAAUCCUGAGAGAGAUAAUAGAGAGCAAGAGACAAGUGAGAGAGUGCAGACGUCGUCUGUAAACCCUCUGGGGAUAUAUGACUCGUCCACAGCUCUGUGGUUGCAAGGUAAAGGACGGCAGGACGAGCAGAAGCAGAUCACACAGGUUGAGGAGAGCGCUGCACAUGUAGCUGGGAAGACUGAGGAAUUUAACCGGCAUCUCAGAGAGCACCCAUCAGAUACACAGCAAUGGCUACAAUUCAUACAAUACCAGGAUGAGUUGGGUGCGUCAGUGUUUGGUGGCAACGAAGGGCUACAAGGCAGCGAAUCGUCUGAGUGCAAAUCGAAGUCAUCCUAUAAAGCAGUCCUUGAGAAAAAGCUGAGUAUUGCAGAGCGAGCAGUGGCCAUCAACCCGACCUGCAUCAGUCUGCAGCUGGAGAGGCUCAGGAUCUGUCAGGAGCUCUGGGAGCCCUCUGUUCUGGCUAAAGAGUGGAAGAAACUGGUGUUUCUUCAUCCAAACAGUGCUCCUUUGUGGAGGCGGUAUCUGCUCUUCAUCCAGAGUUACUUCAGCAACUUCACAGUGUCUAAAGUGAACUCAGCAUAUGGAAAAUGUCUAAGCACGCUCAGUGCUGUGCUAGAUGGCAGCAUGGUCUCUCACUCAGCCCUUCCAGGAACUGAAGAGGACAUGUUGGACCUCUUCAUUCAGCAGUGUCAGUUCUUGCGACAGGCUGGCCACUCAGAGAAAGCCAUUUCUCUGUUUCAGGCCAUGAUGGACUUUACCUUCUUCAAGCCUGACAGUGUCAAAAAAUUGUCCACCAGGCAGCAGGUUGAGUUCUUUGAGCCUUUCUGGGAUAGUGGGGAAGCCAGAGUUGGAGAGGUGGAGGCCAGAGGCUGGAAAGCAUGGAUGCUCCAACAAGAGCGAGGGGGAUGGCUUCCCCCCCCUACAGAGGAAGAAGAUAAGGAGGAAGAAGAUGAAGAGGAGGUGAAAAACAGGAGCCAGGCUAAAUGGAAGGUGUGGCUGGAUGUGGAGUCGUUGCGUGAAGCAGCUCACUGGUUGCCGUGGAGACCUGACAAAGCCAAGGGUCAGACGGAGGAGGACUGUGACGAUCCUGACAGACAGGUGUUAUUUGAUGACAUCGGCUCAUCUCUGAUUUGUCUGUCUUCACCAGAACUCCGGCUCCGCCUCCUCUUAUAUUUCUUGUCUUUCCUGGGUCUGCCUGUAGCCUCUAUUCUCUCUGAAGUCUCUCAGCCUAGUUUAUUUCUGGAAAAUCUCUCUGUGCUUACUCAGGGUAAGGAGCCACAGCGACCUCUGACCUCCUACGACAUACCUGACCUUGGGGUUGACUCUGUAGGUCAUAUGACAACUCUCCAGGGAAAAAGGAAGUGGGUGGGGCUUGGAAGGCAGGGUGAGAGGUUUCUCACCAACAUGUUAAGCAUGCUGCAGCCUGUCCUUCCUCCUCACCACAGAGCUUCCCUGACUCUCAGCCUAUUACAAUACGAAAAGCUCAAAGUCUUGCGCAGUCUGCACAGUGGAAAUAAAAAGCGCCUUCACUCUCAGGGGAAGAGCAGCAAGCGAGUCGUGAAACGGCUCCUCAAAGAACCUGACAACCGCUCGUCUCUGAUAUUGUGGCGCGAGUAUGCCCACCUUGAGUGGCUCUUGGGAAACCUGGUCGAGGCUCGCAAAGUGUUCUCCACAGCCUCAGCGAUGGGGGGAGUCAAAGACCUGAGUGGAGCGGCUCUGUGUGAGCUGUGUCUCCUCUGGUCCCAGCUUGAGCUGGAGGAGGCAGCAAAGGAACAGAGUCGGCUUACAGAUGUAACCACGUCACCAGCUGUCUGCGUCUUGACCAAACUCGCAGAGGGAACAUCUGCAUCCUUUCCCUUCUCCCAGUCCCUCUCUCCAGUUUCCAUCCUAAAGGCCAGGAAGUCCUACGAACAGGCGCUGGCUGCCAGCUUGUCAGACCUGGAACAAAGCAUCAAGAACUCUCAGCCUGACACAAAAGACCAAGAAAAGCUUCCAGAAGAAAAGCUGAGGUUGAGAGGUCUGGUUGGCUGCUAUGCUCUGUUCCAGUACCUCACUGUAGGCGUCCAUGCAGCCGUUUCAGUCUACAGCCUUGCCAGGGAGAAUAUGGAGCAACUUUAUCACACCUUAGCACCUGAAAAGCCGCUCAGCAGCAACGAGAAAGCCAACCUGACACGCGCUGAAGCCGGCAACUGUGAAGCCGGUUCCCGCCCUCAAAACCACAGUUAUGUCAGCCAGUUGGCUCAUGAGUGUGAGGUAUUAGCGGUGCAGCAGGCGGCAUUGCUGAAGUACCACAGCAGCAACAGCGUGUUUCCUCUGGCAACACUGAGACAGACACUCACCUCGGCCAUCUCAUCCUGGCCUAGCUGCGCCCUUUUGUGGGGCAUAUAUGUGCAGGUGGAGAAUCGUUACCAUAGUGCUGGCAGGGCACGCCGUUUUUUUCACUCGGUAACCAGAGACAGUGGCGGUGUUGUACCACGCCUAUUUGCUAUUGUCGCUGAACAACAAAGGAAGCAGCUGGUGGAUUCUGCUCAGAGGUCUUGUCACUACAAUGAGGCUUUGCCCAUACUACCAGAAAAUGGCUUAGGCAACCGAAUCCGGGGACUUUUUGAAACUGCCACCAAAACGGAGGACGGAGCUCACUGCCCUUUACUGUGGAGGAUGUACAUUCACUUCUUGGUUUCUGAUGGUAAGGUGGAUAAAGCCCGAGCGAUUUUCUAUAAGGCCCUGCAGAAUGUUCCCUGGGUAAAGGUGAGGGUUUGUAUAUGGAUGCGGUCCAGCUGUUCCCGGAGCAUCUGCAGGAGUUCAUAGACCUGAUGAUGGAGAAAGAGCUCCGACUGAGGCUGCCUUUGGAAGAGCUGGAUAUUCUCCUGGAGGACUAAUUGGACACAGAGAUCUCGUUACAGAAAUGAGCUGGCAACAUCUGGAAAAGCAAAGAUAUAUGUUGGCUUAAACAUAAAUUACACAUACAAAGCUUUAGUGUGAAACUGUGAUCUACAUAUUUGUACAAAAUGCUUUAAUGACCCCUUGUUUUAAUAUUCCAGUUUGACAUUAAAUGGUAUUGUUAAUCA